AUAUUUUCUUCAUUCAGUUCAUCAAGUUAAAGUAGUGAAAUGGCUUGGCUUGUUAUGUACCUUAUUUCUUUUCUACUUAUUGCGUUUGCUCAUUGGGUGUAUAGAUGGAGAAACCCAAAGUGCAAAGGGUUGCUCCCUCCUGGCUCAAUGGGUUUUCCAAUCGUUGGUGAAUCCAUUCAAUUCUUCACUUCCCACUCCCUCAAAGGUAUCCCACCCUUCAUUCAACAGAGAACAGCAAGAUAUGGUUCACUAUUCAAGACAUGCAUAGUUGGGCAAAGAGUGAUUGUGUCAACUGACCCAGAAGUGAACCAUUUCAUUUUCCAACAAGAAGGUGAGCUGGUUCAAUGUUGGUAUUCCGAAAGCUCCGCUGAAAUCACCGGACGGCAGGGCUUUUUGGGCCAUCACGGCGACUCCCACAAGUAUAUUAGGAACCUGGCUCAUAGUCUCGUCGGCCCCGAAAACCUUAAACAAACCUUGCUGGCCGAGAUGGACCAAACGACUCGUCAACAUUUGGAUCAGUGGACUGGCCUCUCCAAGUUGGACAUUAAACAAGCUACUGAAAUUAUGUUGUUCAAACUUGCUGCCAGCAAAGUUUUGAGCUACGAUGAGAAGAAGGCGUUGGAGCUGAGAAAGUAUUACAAAGAUUUCCAUGAAGGGUUUAUAUCAUUUCCUCUCUUUCUCCCCGGAACUCCCUUUUAUGCUGCCAUGCAGGGACAUAAACAGGCAAUCAAGUUGAUUAAGGAAACAUUAAAGGAGAGGCGAUCGUCGAAAAAAGGCAAACAAGAUUACUUAGAUUUUAUACUCAAUGAAGUAGAUAAAGAGGACACAUUUAUAACAGAAGAAAUUGCAGUGGAUAUAUUGUGUAUGCUUAUCUUUGCUGCAUACGAAACCACUUCUUCUGCAAUAACAUUAGCCUUGAAGUUCCUCAAUCAACAUCCUCAUGUCUUAAAACAACUACAGGAGGAGCAUGAGAUAAUUGUUGCCAGCAGAAAAGAUAAGGAAUCCAGCAUUACAUGGAAAGAAUACAAGUCAAUGAAGUUUACUCACAUGGUUAUAAAUGAAACCGUUAGGCUAGCAAAUAUCGUUCCAGGCAUCUUCAGAAAAGUGAUAGAAGAUUUCCAGAUUAAAGGAUAUACUAUUCCGAAAGGAUGGAUGAUCAUGAUUUGCCCAUCAUCUGUUCAUCUAAGUUCUGAGAAGUACAAUGAUCCUCUUUCGUUCAACCCCUCUAGGUGGAAUGGCGAAGAGAUACAUUCCUCAUCAAAGAAAUUCAUGGCCUUCGGCGGGGGUCAAAGGCUUUGUGCCGGUGCUGACUAUGCAAAGCUUGUAAUGGCCAUUAUGCUUCAUUACUUGGUGACAAAAUUCAAAUGGAAAGUUGUAGAUGAAGGGAACAUUGUUCAAAAACCUGGCUUGGCUUUUCUUGAUGGAUUCAAAGUUCAGAUAUACAAGUGAAACUAACGUUUGAAUAAGAAAACCUCAAAUAUGUGUCUUUGGUCUAUGGAGUGCUUGUGCAUCCUCAUGUUAUAGUAUGUAACAUGAGGAGAAAAUUAAAUAAAAUAAAUAAGUCUUUUAUUGUCUUAGACAUUUUAUUUUCUUACUCUUAUAUUUUCAAUCGUGUUUCUUAUGUGGUUGUAAAAUCUGUAUAAAUUCAUAUUGUUUUUUGUAUACAACUGUUGUACUAAAUAUACAAAUAUAUAAAAGAUGGUUUCCUAAAGUUUGUGUCAA